AAUUUCCCUUCCUCUCACCGAGCUUAUCGGAUGAACGCCGCUUUUUGCAAGUGAACUUCUUCGUUUUUUUUUUGGUCUGUUUUGGAGCAGUUCGCCGGCGAUAUAAUCGCCGAUCAUUUCUGACUGGACUGGUGGACUGGUGCGUCAUGCAGAUGUGGAAGUUAUUUGGCUGCCUGAUGGUCCUGCUGUUGGCGGGAACGACCGUCGGUUACGACAAGGAGAUGACCAUUUAUGUGGAUGCCGGCAAGAUCGAGUGCCUGUAUCAUCCGGUCAAGCAGGGUGAAACAAUCGAUUUUGAAUACCAGGUGAUCGAUGGCGGUCACGGAGAUCUCGACAUUAGCUUCACCAUGAUGGAUCCCAUUGGUCUGGUCAUUGUCAGUGACUACAAGAAGCCGGAGAAUAUCCAUCGCCACGAGGUGAUCAAGGAGGGUGGUGACUAUCGUUUCUGCUUCGACAACUCCUUCAGCAUGUUCAACCGGAAGACGGUCUUCUUUGAGCUGAUCGUGGAGCGCGAAGGUGAUGAGCAUCUGGGCGAUACUCAAUGGAACGAAGUGGACGAACUGACUGGGUUAUCCCGUGAUGAGUACUAUGACAUGAAGGUGCAGGACAUCAUGGACUUUAUUGGACGCAUUCGCCUCCAGCUGAACAAAAUCCGUCAGAUGCAGGAUGUGCUGCGAUCGCACGAGGCCCGGGAUCGCAAUCUGGCCGAGACCAACUUCCAGAUGGUCAACAAUUGGUCUAUACUCCAAAUUAGCGCCAUGAUCGGUGUCGGUCUGUUGCAGGUCUUUAUGCUGCGCAGCAUCUUUGCCACCGAUGGACGAAUGCAUCAUUUGUGGCGCAAGCUGGGCAUUUGAUGGGGAUCUCUAAUAGCCAAGAACAGCCUCUACCAAAGAUGUCCUUGCCGGAGCAUUUAUCAUCACCACACCACCGCCACCUUGUCCGGCAACUGGAGGAUAGCCCUAUCCACAACAACUUGCCAUCAACCUUAGUCAUUAAUUCUAUAUAUAAUCUGUUUAUAUAUAUAUAGGCCCUCCUCCUCCUCCUCCUCGUCGAUUCAUAUUUAUUCUAAAUGGUGUGUGUUUGGGGAAACAGCGCUGUGUGUGUGUGUGUGUGCGUAUGUGUGUGGUUGUGUGUUACAACAAUAAAAAAAAAAAAGCAAUU